AUGCUCUAUCAUAAUCACGAUCACUCACUACACCUCCAACAACAUCCUACUGAUUAUCCAUAUUCCUAUCAAUACACACCAAAAACAAGUGUUCAACAACGACCAUUGCAUUGGUGUAUCAUUCUCAUCUCCCUUCUCUUCGUUUUUCUUCUCGUCAUCGAAUCUGUUGCAUUUGUUGUGCUCGGUGCCUGGCAUCUCACCAGUCGACUUGUCGAAACAGUUAAUCUGCCGUUCUUCGAUGAAAUCUAUCAUCGUGAACUUGCUUUUGGUAUUAUUCUUGUUCUCAUCGGAGCUGCAAGUAUUUUCAUGAGUAUUCUGGGUCUCGUGGCUUUCUUCACUCUUCGAUUGUUGUUACUACGAGCAUUUGCAGUGUGUCUUUUGGUGGUGAUGACGGGUGGAAUAGCGAGUGGCGUGGUUGGAAUCGUGUUCUCGUCACAAGUAAAUGGAUAUAUUGAAGAGAUGAGAAAAUCGACAAUGGUUGAUGAAAGUUAUGCGAAAGCGAAAUUUAUGUUGAGAAUGAACGGCGGUUUAUCAUUAUUUAUGAGUUUAACAUGGAUUAUGGGUAUAGUGGUUGUUCGAUGUUUGACUGGAGAUGAGAAUGUCACUGCCAAUGAUCGUCUGUACAGUCGAUCACAAUAG